ACUCGCUGAUAUGGCGAUAACAUUUUUCAGUGUAACGUUAAAAAAGUAUUUUACAGCAUUAAAAAUGUUUUUUUCGAAACGUUGUCGGAGAAAUCUUGAGACUUUUGUGACUGUUCUGUGGACGUUCAGCGUUUUCCUUGUGAGUUUCACUGGGGUGGUUCUAUUCUUCUGUCUUCUCUGCAGUUCGUAUUAUUAUUUGGCGUUAUUUUACGUCGUUUGGUUCGUUUAUGAUUUCAAAACUUGCGAACAAGGUGGAAGAGCAAUCGGAUGCCUGAAAAGAAGUAAAAUUUGGGAUUACCUCAGAGAUUAUUUCCCAGCAAAGUUGCACAAAACAGAAGAUUUCGAAAAAAAUAAUAAUUACAUGUUGAUCUACCAUCCUCACGGUAUUGCGGCUUCUGCAGUUUUCACAUGUUUGACCACGGGAGGAACUGGCGUGUCCAAGCUUUUUGAAGGGUUCACGUUUCGACCGCUGACACUACGCUGUUUUUUUUUCUGUCCAUUUUCAAGAGAUUAUCUGACUUCUUUCGGACUCUGUGCUGCCUCAAAAGAGAGCAUCCACCACCUGCUGACGAAGUGUGGGACCAACAAUGCAUUGGUCCUCGUCGUUGGGGGCAAUCGUGAGGCACUCGAAGCCAAUCCUGGAAAUUUCAAUCUAGUGCUCAGUAGGAGAAAGGGUUUUGUCAAACUUGCCCUCCAACACGGAACUCCCCUUGUGCCCGUUUAUUCAUUUGGAGAAACAGAUUUGUAUUCGCAGAUCAUGCCGCAACCAGGUUCAAAACUGCACGCCUUCCAGCAAAUAAUGUUAACUCAUCUGACCUUUGCACCACCAUUCUUCUACGGCUUAGGAUUGUUCGGCUUCAAAUAUGGAAUCCUCCCCUACAGAAAACCUGUCAAUGUUGUCGUUGGAAGUCCACUGAAAGUGCCAACGAUCCUGGACCCCAGUGACGAUGAGAUAAAUGAGUGGCACAAGAAGUAUGUUGACCGGCUGGUUGACCACUUCGAGAAGCACAAGUUGCAGUUUGGACUGAAGGAAGAUGACCAUCUCAACAUAUUGUAAGCAUUUCGACAUAUUAAUGAAAAGUCGGCUUCGACAAGAACGCUCCCAAUGUUAGCAAUGUAUGUGUUUCAAAAUCUGCUAACAGUUUUUUAAUCUUUAUCGUCAUCAAAUUUAUGAAACUUGUUUCAUGUUUUUUUCUGUAUUUUUAAUCCUAAUGCCCAUUGCCAAUUUUCAUAAAUAAUUUUUUUUUCAAAUUUAGAAAUUGAACAUUUCAUUUUAUCUAAAUAAAGAAUGUUGCUAUUAGAA